AUGACUUAUGAAUAUGUGAACGAAACGGCCAUCGAUGAAAAUCUAAAAUGCUCUAUCUGCAAUGAUCCUUUUCAAAGACCAGUUCAUACUCAAUGUGAUCAUACGUUUUGCUAUGCAUGCAUUGCACCAUGGGUUAGUUCAAAUAAAUCUUGUCCAACUUGCCGUUCGACAAUUUCGGAUAUUCAAGAAUUAAAAGCAAUCAAAACACGAUUGGUGUUAAAUAUGCUCGAUAGUCUUCCCGUUAAAUGUAAAACAUGCGGAUCAACGAAUAUUGAGCGUGGCAAUUUCGAAGAUCAUGUGAAGGUAUGUCAACGAAAGAGUAUGCAUUCGUAUUCGUGUGCAGCAGCCGAUGUUCUAUGCCCAUGGGUCGGUUCGAAAUAUCAAUUAUCCGAGCAUCUUAGUCAAUGUCCUUAUGAACAACUACGCCCGGUGCUUAGCAAGAUUCUCGCAGAAAAUCAACAACUAACAGAACAAAUUGCUAAAUUGACUGAACAAUUUGAGAAGAAGGCGCAUAAGAAUGAAAAACAAGUACAAGAUAAGAGAUCUACAAUAACUGAAGUUCGCCCACAUGUUCGAACAAUAGUUUUCGCGUCAUUGCUUGAUCAAGACAAAUGCGGUUCUGUUCCAGAUGGCUUUGCUGGAUUGAACUGGCGCAAUGCUCGAUACACAAAUGAAGAAAAAGCUCUUGCAAUCCGUCCACGUAAAAGAACUGAACGAUUGAGUGUAUUUUUACAUGGUUAUCCAUGUAUUAUUUAUAAUGAUUGGAAAAAUCCCCUGGUAAUUUCAUCCACGACGCACAACUUCACACUUCAUGCUUGUGAAGUCAUGUCCGUUCAUCAUCCUAAUGAAACAUGCACAUUCAACGUCAUAGGUCGAAAAAACGAAUUACCGGUUUAUUCAAAGACUAUUUCAUUGCAACGUGAUAUUUCCCAAGUGAUUCAGUUCACAUCGUGGACUGAUGUGAAUAAACUUGAAUUAUUUAUUGAAAAUUCAUACUUUAUCUUAACCUGGAUCCAAGUGGAACAGUAA